AUGGCUACACGUAGCUUCGCCCAGCACCCUGCCGGACGAUUUGCUUCACCUCAUCCUGGGCUUGGUGUGCGACGCGAAGUCCGUCGUUCGCACGGCCGCGCUGUCCAGGCGAUGGCGGCGCGUGUGGAUCUAUGCGACUAUGCGCAGCAACUGGCGCUAUUAUUGGACACCCAAGUGAGACCCGGCGCUGAUCCAGGCCAGUUCGUGGAUUGGGUGUUAGCUCAGCGAGGUGAUGCUGAUAUAGGAUCUCUCAACAUCAGCAUGUCGUCCAGAUCUUCGCUUGUGUACACCUCGCAGGAAAAGGUCAACGGGUGGCUCCGCUAUGCCAUGCAGCGCGUCGUCAAAUCUUUCCGUCUUGACCUCCCAAACCCAAGGCACAUCAUGUUCAGGCCAUGGCCACCCCUCCGGGUGGAUGGGCCGGCUGUCGUGUUGCCCGACCGUGGGAGGAUGACGUCCAUCGAGAUGUUUCUACCAUCAUGCUACAGCUUCCAGCUUCCGGUGGCUGCGUCGGCCAAGUACGAAGCGCUUACAGAUCUCACGCUCUGCAGUGCGUCUUUCUUCGACGGGGAGUCCAGCGCCGGCGGCGGGCGUACACUCGGCGACUUUGUGUCGUCGUCCUGCUGCCCUCGCCUGCGUAAACUUGAGAUCUCCUCCAUCAAAGGAUUGGCCCAGCUUGCCAUCCGCUCCGAGACGCUCGAAAGGUUUGAGCUUGAAUCUGCAAAUGACCUAAGAGUGCUGGACGUAACCGCACCCAACCUUCGCGUCCUCGAGCUACAUGACGACUGCUUUGACGAUGAGAGCAAUAACAAGAUCAGAAUUGUGUCGUUCAGGCUGCAGGAGACUAGAAUACGCCACGAAUCGAGGCGUCGCCGUUCGGACCUGGUGAUACAUAACCUAACAAGUGUUUGCCGGCUCGAUCUUGAACUAAACAUGCACGGGCAAUACUAUGUUCGCAGCACGGGCAUUGGUUUCUGGCUAUUGGAGAAGUGCCCUAGCGUUGAACACGUACGCGUGUGGCUUGAUCAUCUGCGGUCGCCGCCUAGCAGUGUCAUCGAGGGUGACACUAUUGCUGAUUUUACGUUGGAAGGCGUGGCGCCAUUUGCCAGUGUUAGGAGCAUGGAUAUGACCGUGAGAGCACAUCAGUUUCAAGAUUACCAACUAGUGACAAGUAUAUUUGCGCUGCUUCUGAGGUGCCCACGCCUGAGAUCGUUGCGUAUCAACAUAAAAGAUGAUACAACAAAUAAGUUUCUUUAA